UAGGACCUGGAGGUCUAUAGGGCAGGCAGGCGGGCUGGGGAGCUGCGGACUAGACGGCAGACUUACUUGUAACACAAGGUCCCUACACAGAAUUAAGUACGCUCCACUGGACCCGAGUACGCGUCUUGUCCCCGCCCCCUCCCGACAAGCCACAGCAUCCAUCCUCACGCGCUCACACGCUGCGUGAUCCCCAUCACAAACCGAGAGCGGCGGCGGCGGCUUCGCUGAGCCGAUGGAGUAGUAGUACUAGUAGUAGUGGGAGUGCGCACGGCUUCCUUUCGUCCCUUUUUCCUCCUCCUUUUCUUUCUUUCAUGGAUUCGCCUUUUCUCUGGAAUACUGCUUCAUCCCAUCGCGAGUGAGCUGCUGUGAGUCCUGAGAGGAGAAGUCUCCCGACAGGAGACAAGAUGGCGUCCAACAACACCCUGCGCAGCUACUCCAUCAUCCCAUGUUUCAUCUUUGUAGAGCUCGUCAUCAUGUCCGGCACGGUGUUGUUGGCCUACUACAUGGAGUGCACGGACCUGUUCAGCGUGCAUGUGCAGGGUUUCUUCUGCAACGACGCUGAGCUGAUGAAGCCGUACCCCGGCACAGAGGAGUCCAGCUUCAUCCCCCCUCUCAUCCUGUACUGCGUCGUGGCGGCUGCUCCCACAGCUAUAAUUUUUAUCGGAGAGGUGUCCAUGUACGUGAUGAAAUCAACGAGGGAAGCUCUCCUGGCCCAGGAGAAAACUAUUGUGACAGGAGAUUGUUGUUACCUCAACCCCCUUAUCCGCCGCAUCAUACGCUUCAUAGGUGUGUUUGCAUUUGGUCUGUUUGCCACAGACAUCUUCGUCAACGCAGGCCAGGUGGUGACGGGAGGUCUCUCGCCCUACUUCCUGUCUGUCUGCAAGCCCAACUACACCGGCACCGAGUGCCGUUUUAAUCACCAGUUUAUCGUCAACGGCAACAUCUGCACUGGGAACCCUGUUGUCGUGGAGAACGCUCGCAGGUCGUUCCCAUCCAAGGAUGCUUCGCUGAGUGUUUACUCGGCUGUUUACCUGACGAUGUACAUCACCAGCACCAUCAAGACCAAGUCCAGCCGCCUGGCCAAGCCUGUGCUCUGUCUGGGCACCCUCUGUUCAGCCUUCCUCACCGGCCUCAACCGAGUCUCAGAGUACCGAAACCACUGUUCGGACGUAGUGGCCGGAUUUAUACUGGGAUCAGCUGUUGCUCUGUUUCUGGGUAUAUGUGUUGUAAACAACUUCAAAGGCGUCCACAGUGCAGCAGCUAAACAGAAAACUGAAGACUACCGUGGUCUGCCUCUGAUGACUUUCCCCCGUGUAGAGAGCCCUCUGGAGACCCUCAGCGCACAGAACCACUCAGCAUCGAUGACGGAGGUCACAUGACUAAGGGGGCAGCACCGGGUCACGUUUGCGUCUCCACAGCACUUCCAGACACAAUGACGAGGACGCAUGUCACGUGGUUCCGAAUGCUUAACAAAAACACACAACUAAUAUAUCUGUUUAAUUCACCUGGGGGACAAAAUGCGCCAUGUUUCUAAUGGUUCUCAUUCAGUUGGGCUAUGCUCAAUUCAACCUGCCAAGGCACAUCUAUCGCAUCACUGGCAAAAGUAUCCCAAGGCAAACUUAAGCACAGAUUGUUUUUCCAGAUAGUUGAAACCAUUGGAAACAUGGGAUGUUUUUUUCCCCCUCCAAGGUGCGCUGUUUGUAGUUAGAGGACGGUGUUUUGUACAUUUUGUAUGAGCGAGUGCUGUAGCCUAUCCUGACGGUGUUAAACCUGCGCACUUCCUGUCAGCUGACUCACUCUGUUUGACAUCACAUCCUGUCAGGUGACUUGCCUCGUCGAUCACCACAUCUAUUCCCUUCUCAGUCUGAAAAAUCUGCUAUGGAAAAAAUAUCGAUGUUGUUGUUCUGUGAUGUUUGUCAUUUGUACAGAAAAAAAAGACAGAAUCCUUCUUUUUAUUAUCGCUGUACAUUUAUUGACCUCGUCAGGUCAUAUUUUGUAAAGAUUUUUUGUCAAUCCUGUAUGACUAUUAUGAUCCAUUUGGACCUGUUUGCCUGCUGUGUAAACCUGGAUAUGUUUUGGUAUCAGUUUAGGUGUUUUGGGGAAUGAACCCUCUCCCCUUUGGAGGAAACGACAAGGAAGAGUCAGUGACAUCCUCCGAGUCAGAAAAUGGGGUUUGGCACUUGUGGUGCCAUGUUAUCAGCCACAAUGAAAAUGAAAUAUAAUUGGUUGGAAUUCUCACUAUGAGUGUGUUUCACCCCAAUUUCCUGAUUCACUGUGAUGUUAAUAGAAUUUUUUUCUACAGAGAAGUCCUGUGGGGCUAGCCUGUGCCAGAUCUACCUGAAGAUUUCACUGGUGUGGCUGCACAGUUAAAUUUAAAACUGAAAUCCCAACGGAAGACAUCCGUAGAAAAUACAUGGGAAAAAAAGAAAAAGACACAGAAGUGCUCUUUGGAGUGAAACUGAGUGACUUAUUUAAGGCCUGGCUAGCCCCUCUAAUGGAAACCAGGCUAAUGACUCCUGCUUCACUUUUCCUCCUUGAGGCACCCCUCCCUGCCCUGACCCACCAGUGGAUUGUGAUGCAAUGUUGUGACUCCAUUUCCCAUUGGAAGAUAACGCCCAGCAUGAAGAGAGAAGUCAAGAUGUUUUAUAGAUAUUCAUGAUUUCAAUUAUACUCAUUAUCAUUGUGAUUAUAAACGUCUUUUACUUUCAGAACAAAAAAAAGCAUUUCAUUUGAAAUGCUACAUAUAUAUUUUUUUUUCUUGGUUUGUCCACAAAUUAAA